AUGGGUACCUAUCUACUAGGUACCAUACCUAAGGUGUUGUUUGCCUGGCAGUCCAUUCUGACUUUGGGCUCAGCUGAAAUUGACGCAGGAACGGGGCCAGCCCAGGUCAGCAAUGGAAAACAGCGAGGCGAAUGGAAUGUGGAGGAGCAAGGUAGUGUGGAGCCGCGCGCAGCGCCAUAA